AUGUCUUCUAACGAUUCAAACGAUACGGAAAAGCAGCACACUCGUUUAGACCCUACUGGUGUCGACGACGCCUACAUUCCUCCAGAGCAGCCGGAAACAAAGCACCAUCGCUUCAGGAUUUCCAGAGACACACUUAGAAACCACUUUAUUGCCGCAGUCGGAGAGUUUUGCGGGACGUUUAUGUUUUUAUGGUGCGCUUACGUUAUCUGCAAUGUUGCUAACCAUGAUGUGGCACUCGUUGCAGCACCUGACGGCUCCCACCCGGGUCAAUUGAUCAUGAUUGCGAUUGGUUUCGGGUUUUCCGUCAUGUUUUCCAUCUGGUGCUUUGCUGGUGUCUCUGGUGGUGCUUUGAAUCCCGCCGUUUCGCUUUCCUUGUGUUUGGCAAGGGCCGUCUCUCCAACAAGAUGUGCUGUUAUGUGGAUUUCGCAAAUUGUUGCGGGAAUGGCCGCUGGAGGUGCUGCAAGCGCUAUGACCCCAGGUGAAGUCCUCUUUGCCAAUUCUUUGGGGCUGGGCUGCUCCAGGACUAGAGGCCUGUUCCUGGAAAUGUUCGGCACUGCUAUUCUCUGCUUGACAGUUUUAAUGACUGCUGUUGAAAAGCGUGAAACUAACUUUAUGGCCGCGCUGCCCAUCGGUAUCUCCCUGUUUAUUGCCCAUGUCGCUUUGACUGCCUACACAGGCACAGGUGUCAACCCAGCAAGGUCUUUGGGAGCUGCUGUCGCAGCUAGAUAUUUCCCUCACUACCACUGGAUUUACUGGAUCGGCCCCUUAUUAGGGUCUAUUUUAGCAUGGUCUGUGUGGCAAUUAUUACAAAUCUUAGAUUACACUACCUAUGUUACUGCUGAGAAGGCUGCCAGCACCAAGGAAAAGGCUCAAAAAAAAGAUCAAACUAGCAAUUCCUCUGUUGCGACUGAAGUUUGA